CACGAAGCCGACAAACCAUGGUCCUCCAGCGUCAGGACAUUUAUUCCCAAAGUAAACUGUUAUGGGACAAACCUGCAUAAAGAAAUUAUUCUGAAAGACUUUGGUAGACAACGAGUGACCUUUAUCCCAUUUGAAGAGGAUGCAGAGGGAAAAGCGUCUCUGAAGAAAGGCAACAUUUAUCAGAUUCAGCUCUGCAAUCAGGACUGUGAGGAAUGGUCCCUGGAGUUGUGUGCGCUGUCGGUCGAUUCCUGGUUCUCUGAUGGCGUCGCCUACCCCAAGCUGCCCUGGCUGUCCUCUGACCUGCUGCCUAAACUGGUCCGCUGGGCCACAGAGUGCAGAAGUAGCGAGUUCAGGAGCACGUUGUCUCUGCUGCCAGUGGAGAAGUACAGCCUCAUGUACCAACAGCUGAAGGACAAGUACAAGGCCAUGGUGAAGGCCGUCUUGUGUUACAGCACCCUGGAAGGGGCAUCGAUGUUCGCAGGAGGAAGAUCUGGGACAUGUACGGCCCCCAGACUCUGCUGGAGGUCGUCUUAUUCCUGCCGCUACUUUGUCCUCCCCUGCUGUUUCUUCGACUUCUGUGGAAAAUACCAGAGACGCCAGUGUAAGAAGUCUCAGUACAAGGAAUACGUCGACUUCAUCGCUGAGGUCAGCCAAGUCUGUGGCUUCAACACUGACGAAGACUGUUUGAGAAUACCUUCUACUAAACGGUCUGUGCUCCAGAACAAAUCACAUUGUAUUAGUUCAGCAAUUCGUGAAUUCUUCUUCUCUCUCCACCCGUCUACCGCGCAGCUCUGCUGCAGCCUUUCUGUGAGCGAGGUUGCGGGGCUGUUGGGGCAGGAAACCCUGCGGCUCCUGAAGAAAGAGUGCGGAGGUCUUCAGACGCUUCUGAGGAACAAUCAUCAAGUAUUUAGAGUUGAAGGAGGGCGUGUCUACAUAAGAGACUGGCGGGAGAGGAUGCCCUUCAGGGCGGAUGUUAAAAGGAAGCCCGUCGCCCCGGGUGCCCUGAAAACUCGCCUCUGCUGGUUUCACGCUCACCACCCUCAGGGCUGCCCCCUGCAGGCUGAAAGCUGCGCCUUCGCCCACGGAGCGCAUGACCUCCGACCCUCGACGAGACCGCUGAAGAAGAUAAAGAAUGAAGCCUUUUGAUUGACUCGUUCUUCACGACUUUUCAUUGACUUUGUUUGGAUUUUUAAUUUGUGCAGAGCUCUGCACAUUGUCGUUUGAACUCUAGUUUCCAGCCCUGUAGCCUCAAAGAUAAGAUUCAGGUCCAAGCAGCGAGUUUUAUUGGGGCAACGUUACAUCAUUUCUGGGAAUUGAAGCCUUGAAAUUUCACUGUCCUCUUUCUUCUUUGUAAGGCUGCCAACAUGCAGUGCUUCCUGGUGGGGCUUCACUGCUGGAGCUCUCUAAACCUCUGGGUUAUGUUGUCUUGUGAAAGGCAGGUAUACGUUCAGGUAUACUUACUCACUAUAAAGCUGAUUUCAAGCUA